CCCCCUCCCACCUUACUAGCUCCGCCUCUCUCAUUUACUCCAGAAAUGAAAAAAGCUAGCUUCUUCCGUAAGCCCUCGCCGUGAAUUUGAACCGGGAACUUCUUGAUUUUCGAGAGAUGAGAGCUCUAGGUGAAAGCGAAGACGCCGUCAUCAUCGAAAAGGCGUAGAAGGCCGGAGAAGCGCGUGUUAUCACCGUGAAUUGUCCUGACAGGACCGGUUUAGGGUGUGGCAUUUGCAGAAUCAUCCUCGAUUUCGGGCUUUAUAUAGUAAAAAGAGAUGUUACAACCGAUGGAGUAUGGUGCUACAUAGUUUUGUGGGUGGUUCCUCAUUAUGAAUCUCUGAUAUUGAGAUGGUCACAUUUGAAGAACCAGCUUGUAUCUGUAUGCCCAUCUUGCUCUACCUACUUGGUUCUCAAUUUGAUGUCUCCUUGUCCUGCUUCAUCAACACCUGUUUUGUUUACUUGUUGAAGUUCUUCUGCCUAGACCGGAGAGGACUCUUACACGAUGUUACUCAAGUACUAGCUGAGCUUGAGCUCUCAAUCCAAACCGUGAGGGUCACUACUACACCAGAUGAGAGAGUUUUGGAUCUUUUCUUCAUAGCAGAUAACAUGGAUCUUUUACACACGAAAAAGCGCCAAGACGAGACAUUAGAGCAGUUUCGUUCUGUCUUGGUUUUGAUAUUUCUCUGUGUUUGCGGCGAAGGAUAGACACAGCAAAGUCGACGGAAGAGGGAGGAGGAUCCGUAUCCCAAUCAUAUGCGCAGCUCGUGUUUUCCAGCUAACGAGCCACAUACAGAACCUUCGCGAGAACGAGAACAUUUGUAACUGGUUGGAUGCUUGGAACAACAGUUCUGAUUCCAUCGGCUCUUGUUCCACAAAUGGGAGGUCGAAAUGAAGAGAAGGCAAAGCUGAUUCAAACAAUACUCUUUGUAGCUGGAAUAAACACAAAUGUUGUCACCAUCGCUAGAGCUAUUGAGUUACCUGAUGCUAUGGAGAAUGCUGGUGCUGCUCUUAUCCGUGAGAGGAGCUUCAAAGCUAUCUCCGUCGCUGCCUCGUCGUCGAUGAAGGGUUGCAAAAACCGGAAGCUAACGGAGAAAAUCCUGGAGCAAGCCUAUGCGCAGCAAAAGGAGAUGGAGAAUGAAGAAAACGCCGAGAAAACACCCAUGAUCGCCUCUUUCAAGCAGGCAGUGUAUGGGGUGGAAGAUUCUAUCGAUGAUGAUGUUGAUGAAGAGUCCCAGAGCGAACUUGAUUACCAAAAUGUGGCCAUUAGCGAGACUGAAGAGGAGAAGUUAUUACUAGAUGCCUUCUUUCACAAGGAUGGAGCUUCAAUAGCAAAACGUCUCUCUAAUGCCAUUACUAAUUCUGUCAAGGAGCUUCAAGACAAAGAAGAUGAUGUUGCUACAGUUUCAGCUUGUGGUGCUUCAGCAACUGAAUUUUAUCGAAAGCUGGGAAAGUUUAUGAGUGUAUACACAAUUGGGAAAAUGCCGAAAGCUCUUGACCAUGUUACUAGACAGGAGAACUGGGCUGAAUUAUUGAAGUUGACUGAACCAGAGAACUGGUCCGCUAGUGCCAUGUACAAGGCUACAAACAUGUUUGCCUCCAGCAGCAAAGCUGGGCGCUUCUAUGAGCUUUUUCUUCUUCCUAGGGUGAGAGAGGAUAUCAGAAAACACAAAAAGCUACAUUUUCACCUCUACCAAUCUUUGAAGAAGACGCUGUUCAAGCCGAGAGGAUUCUACUGUGGAAUAGUAAUUCCCCUUUGUAAGUCUGGGACAUGCACCCUCACCGAAGCUGUAAUUAUAGGGAGUGUAAUGCAGAAGUGUUCUAUUCCUGAAGUUUUCUCAAGUGCCGCCUUGGUAUGUUUGGCGGAGAUGAAGUUUCUUGGCACAACAAGUUACUUGAUGAAAGUUAUUCUGGAGAAGAAGUAUGCUCUGGCGCAUCUAGCGAUAGAUGGGGUCGCUGCACACUUCUUGAGGUUUCAUAAGGAGACAAGUGUUAUGCCCGUCAUUUGGCACCAAACUCUUCUCGCAUUUGUGCAACGGUACAAGCAUGAACUAAGAAAGGAAGACAAAAAGAGUCUCACAAGUCUACUUGAGAGGCAAAAUCACAAACUUAUUACACCUGAAAUUGUGAGGGAGCUUGAAGGUAGCAGAAACCGCGGAGAGAAGGAGGAUCAUUCGCAUUCAGCUUCUACGAUCAACAACAAGCCGAUCAAAGAAGACUUGUUUGACAUGCCACAAGUUCCAAUGGAAGAAGAAGACUAGUGAUUAUCUAAUUUUCAUAUUGCGAUUUUGGAAAGGCUCAGACCGGACAAAACUAUAUAGAAAUUUAUUGAAUCAUACUAAGCAAACCUGAGCUAUAUGGAAUCGAACCGAACUAACUGAAAAGAUUGAAACUAAAUUUUGCUUGUAGUCCAAGAAAGCUGCAUGGAGCCGCCGUCGAUCUUGUUUGCCGGUUUGCAGGAAUCGGGAUUGGAUCCGGAAACCCCGAGAGAUGUUCCGGCUCAACAACAUAUAUAUGUUUUAGAAAAAAAAGUUUCUUCUAAAA